UCUACAAGCCUAAAAUCUCGAUGCGGUGACAAGGAAACUUAACAUAGUCAACUCGUUCCAAAAGUGUUAGCUAUCUAGCUUAAGAACAAAAGCUUUGCUGAUUUACUUCUUUGUACGCGCGGAGUUUGAAACGAGUAAAGAGAACCAGAAAGUAGAAGUCCAGCAAGCUGUAAACAAGUACAAUAAGAAACCGUGACAGAAAACCAGAAACGCCACAGGAGUCCCAAUUUUAUUGAGAAAAUGACUCCCAAAGCAGCAGAAAAUAUGCCAAAUAAGGUCACAUCGUCAACAGAGCAAGUCCAAGAUAAAGAUUUACCUUUAGUACGGACGAACGUCACAAUAUUUAUCUUCCUACACGCAACAACUUUGCUUGGAAUUUAUCUCGGUGUUACUCAACCAACGUGGCAAGGCUGGGUUCUUGCUGUUGUGUCCGUCUUCUUGUCGUGUCUUGGAACAACAGCUGGCGCCCACAGACUCUGGUCUCACAAAGCUUACAAGGCUAAACUUCCCCUAAGAAUUUUUCUGAUGCUUUUAUUCUCCUUGGCUGGUCAGAAUGAUAUUUAUGAAUGGUCACGUGACCACCGAGUGCAUCACAAGUUUUCCGAAACCAACGCUGAUCCUCACGACAUUAACCGAGGAUUAUUCUUUGCUCACAUGGGAUGGCUAAUGAGAAGAAAGCAUCCGAAUGUCAUAAAAAAGGGGAAAACUGUAGACUGUAGUGACCUCCUUGAAGACCCUGUGGUACGGUUUCAGCGACGAUUCUACGUACCUCUUGCAUUUCUCUGUGGCUUCAUAAUACCCACAAUGAUACCCGUUCUUGGUUGGGGUGAGAGGUUAUGGUUUGCCUUUGUAACCAAUGGCGUUGCUCGCUACGUCGUAUCGCUACACCUGACUUGGCUCAUCAACAGUGUCGCCCACUGGCGGGGAAAUAAACCAUACAAUCGCUUUCUGACCGCUGUGGAGAGCGCCAAUAUAACCUGGUGGGCACUAGGAGAAGGCUUCCACAAUUUUCACCACAGUUUUCCCAACCACUACGCCGCCAGCGAGUAUGGCUGGAAACAUAACUUUACGACAAUGUUCAUCGAUUGGAUGGCUAAACUAGGCCAAGCUUAUGAUCUGAAAACGGUACCAGAUGAAGUUAUUGAAAAGACGAGAUUGAAAACCGGAGAUGGAACCACCACCUUUGGACCUUCUAUUGAAGAGAUUGCGAAGAAACGCUAGUAACUUGAAAUAUACCUAAAACACGUUCAUUUUCUAUAACCCACGAUUAUUGAUUAUUUACAAGGCGUACAUUUUAGUAGAAAAUUUACAUUCUGUUAGAGAAGUAUAUGUAGUUUUGACAAUUUAGUAAAGAAAAUCCACACCAAGUAUUUAGUAUCACAUUAAUACUUUGAAGGUGUCGACAACUUCAUGGAAUAUUUAUAGGCCUAUGUAGGAUAAAAUAUAUAUUUAAUGGGUGACGAUAAUUUACUGAGAUGUUGUCUAAAGGAGCAUUUAACGACCUCACCAUUAAAUACGAUUAUUAUUAAAGAAAGGUUACUUUUAAUCUGAACACCGCUGUUCUUUAACUAAAAUAAAGAAUACAAAAUAUAGUUAUUUAUUGUACUUCAUGAAAAUUUCAGAUAAAAAAAUAAACUUGCAACUUCAACAGAAGUAUGUGUUAUAUUUGAAAACAAUUUAGUGCCUUAGUAGGAACACAGAAAUACGAAUGAUUCCUCAGUGUACGUUCUUCAUUGUUUGGAAUGUAGCAACUUUCAUCAUUUAUGUAACAAGUUUCCUCUAUUGCACGCAUUAUGAAAAUGUGAUGGAAAAUAUGUUUGAAUUCCUUAUUUAAAUAUGUCUAUAUUAUGCAAUGAGAUGUUUAUUGUGAGAUGCAAUAUUGUUCAAUUGGGGAACAAGGAAAGCUAAUUCUAUUUAGACGGUUACCUGUGUGUUACGCAACAAAGAUAGAUUUGUUAUCAUGUGCAAUAGAAGGUUAAACUUGUGUCUGUUUCACUGUUACCAGUUUAGUGUGUUUUUCUUUUUAACUUUUGGUACAAAUUAAAAAACCUAAAACAUUUUCCUGUAAACAAGCUUUUAAUAAACGUCUUGCAUGCUUUCUGAAA